AUGUGUGAUGUUAUGCCAACGAUUCCGGAGGACGCACAAACUCAGUACCAGGGUGAUCACGACUCCCAGUUGACAGGGGAGGGCGGAAAUGUGGAGGACAUGCUCCUUAGCAUGCUCGACGAGAGGGACCGACUGAUGGUCGGGUUGAAAGAGGCUCGUGCGGAAUUGCAGUCUGUUCAGCUUCGUCUAGACGAAGUUGAAAAGGAGCGCGACGAUUUGCAAAGUCAAUUGUCUAGCACUCUUCCCACACUUCUCCUCGAGCACCUGGAGUGUCUGGUGUCUCGCCACGAGCGAUCACUCAGAAUGACAGUCAUCAAGCGCCACAACCUCACACUCUCAACUAUUCCUGCCUCCGAUGACUACAACGGUAAUGGCAACGGUGGUUCAAACGGAAUUAGCUCAGAAGUUGAAGUUCUUAAGGCUCUUAAAUCUCUUUUUGAGCACCACAAAGCGUUGGAUGAAAAGGUGCGAGAGCGUCUGAAGUCUGCCAUUACCCGAGCAUCGCAGCUCGAACAGGAAUUAGCAGACUUGAAGUCAUACGCUUCAACUACAGAAGGACAGGCAGCUUGGGCUAAGGCGUCUCACAGUUUUCUCGGCAAGUCGGAUGUUGCCACAAUUACAGACCCUUCGAACGAUUCAAGUGAGUUAAAUUUUUCUUUUCCGACAUUCUGGCAGUUUUUUUCAAACCGGGAAAUCUUCGAAGUCAGCAAACAGUGCCGCUCUGCUAAUUCUACAGAGAGUUCACAACAGCAAAUUGCCGAUCUCCUAGCGCACAACUGUGAACUCGAGGAAAAAUUAGCUUCCUCUUCGCGCGAACUCGCCAAAGCAAAUAAUCAGAUAGGUCAGCUUCACGCUGAGCUCAUAGAAUCUGAGAAUAAGCGAAGUGAACAGGAAGCGAAAAUAGUCAGUCUCGACCAGAGAUGUCUCUCUGCACAACGAGAAAUCACUGCUUCUCAGAACCAAGUCAACAAGCUGCGGACCGAAUUGGCAGGAAAGUCAACUCAACUUAAGCAGAUGGAAGAGAAGGUUUCUCGACUGCAGGCGAGACUUGAAUUGUCUGAGCAAUCAAGGACGGAAGCUGUCUCUACCCCGGCAGAAGGAAACAAGACUGAAAAGUACGAAGAAGAGUACGAUUUUCCAGCUGUGGCCCAAUUUCAGCAACAAAUUAUCAGCCAAAAAAGCAAAAUCAACUCGCUAGCUCUGCAGCUGUCAAACGCACAAGACCGUAUUAAAGAGUUAACAGAGCAAUUAGAAGAUGGCAAGUCAGAGCUUAUCAGAGCGCACGAAAGGGAAAAGCUGAAUGAAGAACACAACGAGCGACUAUCCUCAACGGUGGAUGCACUUUUGAUGGAAGCCAACGAACGCCUUCAGAGCCAUCUCUCUGAACGCAUGUCCGCGUUGCAGCAGAAGCGGGAAUUGGUGUGUGAAGUGGAACACCUCCGCUCGGCCCUCGACGAGGCCUCAAACGAUCGGGAGGCGCUGGUCAACGAGGCCAAUCGCCUGCGAAGACUACUGGCUGGAAAUAAAGAGGGCGGGCCCCUAGGUUUACCCUUAUCGUGUCCAAGACCGUCCUCAGAUAAAAUGGACACGUUAGACACCAUGGACGCCAUGCUCGCCGUUGAUCCCUCUGGACGUCUUAUCUGUGACCACUCAGUUAGCGCAGCCCCUACAUCCGUUGUUUAUUCGGUUCGCCCGAGCAUAGUGAGUUCGCCCACCAAGCCAGGACCUUUUGUUUCGAACAAGGCGCAGAAUUCCAAUCAAGUAAGUAAAAUUGACGCAAAUUUGAAAUGCAGCACUUUUAUUGGCAUAACCACCUGUGUUUCGGGUCUCAUGAGCCUUAAGUUGAAGGAGGCCCGCGCACCUGGUGGACCGGGCGAUCCGCCAAGCAUCACUGUCCAGCGCGAACCCAACACCUUGGACAAGGAGUAUGCCAACAUUCCCUGGUCAGUGGGCUAUGGACAACCACCACCAAUCCAACGUUUUAAUCAAACAGAUGCCCCGUCAAUGACAGAAAUGAAUGCGUCCUGUCCCCAUGCAUUUCCCACUAACAUUGAAAACCACCAACAGCAGCAGCAUCAGCAGUCCCACCAUGCGGAUCCUCAGGCUCUGGCAGCGCUUAUCCUGCAGCAGCUUGAAGUGAUCAACGACGAAAUAAAGAUGAUACAGGAGGAAAAGAAGAACACUGACGAAAGGGCCAGUGAGCUGAGAAGCCGAGUGACUGCAGGAGCGAGGGGUCCCGGCGUCGAGGCGCGCUCCUCCUUCACCCCCUUCGAGACCGCUGAUUCCGGCAUCCAGAUGGGCUGCUGGUCCCCCACCUCUUCACUCCAGCACUCCAUCCACAAGGCUGGCAGUUUUUCGCCGGAGUCGGCUCCUCAACAGAGGCAAACGGCGCAGCCUCAGCCCCCGGGUUACGGAGACCGCGGCAAGUCCAGGGCUCCUUCCCCCAUGGCCGCCCAAAUGCUGCUGCGGCCUCGUCAGGUUGGCCAAAACCCUCAGUUGUUGCGCUUGCAUGUUCGAGAUUAUGCGGACUCCCCGCCGGGCGAGCAAUUCGCAAGCGUCCCUCCACCACCUAGGCGGGCUCACCAACCUGGUUUUCAAGUCCAGAAAAAACACGGAUACGAUGCAGAGGCACCUCAACAAUCGCAACAUUUGGCCCACAUGGGACCAAACGAACCUUGCGCACAAACCCUGCCCUCACGUAUGCAGACCAUCAAUCCGCGUGACUUUGUAACAGGUGGUGUACCAAUCCCAGUGCAAUCUCAGCACCACAGGUUUCCCAAAGAUAAAACACAUGUGACUGAUGUGACGAAGGCUUUCAACGACUCCAGGCCUGACCACUGCGAGAAACUUACAGGGAAUCCGAACGAGGGCCCCCCACCUCGAUUUAUUAAGCGGUCUGAAGACGCCUUCUGGUCACCACCUGGAAUUUAUUUCUCCCAAAACGCACAGACAAGCAAUCGCUCUCCAUCUGUCUCGGCAUCGGGUUCAACCACGGUUCCGCAGGGGCUCCAGCAGCUGAGUCAGAGACAACGUCAACUAGACGCUGUGGACACCUCAGCGACUCAGUCGAACCACCAAGAUAGAAGCCUGCCCCGGGAUAUUGUCCUUGAUCCGGACAGGAACAGAACUAAAUGUUGUCAGUUUUUAAAUCAGGAGGAGAAACGGUGGCAAAAAGGAGGGGAUUUGAUCGAAACCGCUCUUCGAGCAAAAAUACCAUUUGCAAUGUGGAAUAAUGCCACGGUUGUUGCGUGGCUCGAGCAUUGGGUCGGCAUGCCAGCCUGGUACGUUGCGGCCUGCAAAGCAAACAUCACAUGCGGCGGUAUGAUAGCUUCCCUCUCGGACCAGGAGGUGCAGCGUGAAUUGGGCAUCAGCAACCCACUGCACCGACUGAAGUUGCGCGUCGCCACUCAGGAGAUGAUGGCUCUUACCAAUUCUGAUCAGCCUGACCCAUAUCGUGUUACUGGUGCUCCCCCUAUGGAUCUUCCACUCUCCCAGGUAAAUUUGAAUCACGAAUGGGUAGGAAACGUGUGGCUCGCCAGUCUGGGUUUGAUUCAGUAUCGGCGGCAGUUCAUGGAGUGUCUUGUUGAUGGUCGGAUGCUGGAGCACCUAACAAAGCGUGACUUGAGGAUGCACUUGAAGGUGGUUGAUGGCUUCCAUCGGCUCAGUAUUCAGUGUGGAAUAGCUCUCCUAAAGCGUUUCAACUACGACCUCGAGGCCAUCGAAGAACGACGAGUUGCCUGCCAAAGUAGAGAUUCAGACAUGAUUGUUUGGACCAAUGAUCGCGUCACAACCUGGCUCGUCUCCUCGGGCAUCAUAAGUCCCAACAUCAGCCUCGAACAAUCGGGGUUGCAUGGCGCUGUGAUUGCCCUCGACGCUGACAUGGACACCCCUUCCCUUGCCACGAUGCUGCAAAUUCCAAACUCCAACGUUAAAGCAAGAGUAGAAAUUAGUGUUUAUUUUUCAUUUAGAGAGCUCCUUGAAUACCGCCUAUUCAACUUAGUCAAGCCAUACCGAAGCCUGCGUCUCUCCUACAUUAAUUUAGACAAUCCAGCAUUUUUGUCUGACGACAAGGUUGAAGAAUAUCUUUGGGGGGACGACGAGACUGGAGAGGAGGAUGAGGCCCGGGAGGUGUAG